AAGAGUCCAUGUUGAUCUUGGAAAUAGAAGGAUUAGAAAAAGUCGAGUUUCCGCAAAGAACAAGAACUUUACCAUCUCCUUUUUGACCUGAAGACCAGGGGACAAUGGAUAUCAUAGAGACAGCAAAACUUGAGGAACAUAUGGAAAAUCGAACCAAUGACCCUGCAGACACUUACACGAGACCUCCUGAGCCUGUCGAAGAAGAGAACAGAAAUGGCAACAACAAACCUAAGAGCUUAUCCAACGGGUUGCGGAAAGGCACCAAAAAGUACCCGGACUAUAUCCAAAUUGCUAUGCCCACAGAAGCGAGGAACAAGUUUCCCCUCGAGUGGUGGAAAACGGGCAUUGCUUUCGUGUACGCUCUUUUCAACCUUGUCCUGACAACCGUCAUGAUCACGGUUGUGCACGAGAGGGUCCCUCCCAAGGAACUCAGCCCUCCACUCCCAGACAAGUUUUUUGAUUACAUAGAUCGGGUGAAAUGGGCAUUUUCUGUAUCAGAAAUAAAUGGGAUUAUAUUAGUUGGAUUAUGGAUCACCCAGUGGCUGUUUUUGAGAUACAAGUCAAUAGUGGGGCGCAGAUUCUUUUUUAUCAUUGGAACUUUAUACCUAUAUCGCUGUAUCACAAUGUAUGUCACUACCCUCCCGGUGCCUGGAAUGCAUUUCCAGUGUGCUCCAAAGCUCAACGGAGACUCUCAGGCCAAAGUACAGCGGAUUCUACGGCUGAUCUCUGGCGGUGGAUUGUCCAUCACGGGAUCGCACAUCUUGUGUGGGGACUUCCUCUUCAGCGGCCACACAGUUGUGCUGACACUUACUUACUUGUUCAUCAAAGAAUAUUCGCCUCGCCACUUCUGGUGGUAUCACUUAAUCUGCUGGCUGUUGAGCGCUGCCGGGAUCAUCUGCAUUCUGGUCGCGCACGAACACUAUACCGUCGACGUGAUCGUUGCCUAUUACAUCACAACUCGGCUCUUCUGGUGGUACCAUUCCAUGGCCAAUGAAAAGAACUUGAAGGUGUCUUCACAGACUAAUUUCUUGUCUCGAGCGUGGUGGUUCCCCAUCUUUUAUUUUUUUGAGAAAAACGUACAAGGCUCGAUCCCUUGCUGCUUCUCCUGGCCUCUGUCCUGGCCUCCUGGCUGCUUCAAAUCAUCUUGCAAGAAAUACUCACGGGUUCAGAAGAUUGGUGAAGAUAAUGAGAAAUCUACCUGAGGAGCAGAGCAGAGGCAUUGGCUCUUACACCAAAAGAGUUAUUGCUGUAACCAAAGGUAUAGUUUUGAUUUUUAUUUUAGGAAAACUGAUC